AUGGACGAUCCGGGUGGCUCCUGGUUGGAGCCCAGGUUGUUCCUGCAGGUAGCAACUACUGUGAGUGCAAACUGGACUGAAGGCUCGGAGCUGGGGGUGUCCAAGCAGACCCAGCUGGUCCUGGAGAUCCUCAUGGUGCUGAUGUGUUUGGGCGCCGUGACAGGCAACAUUCUUGUUAUUGUUAUUGUGGCUGCAACCAAAACUUUCCACUCGGUGACGUCGGUGCUCAUCAUGAACCUGGCCAUCAGCGACCUCCUGGUGGGUAUCGGGGUCAUGCCGUUUGUUGCCCUGUCCGUCAUGAACCGUGGAUGGGUGGAUUGCACGGACCUCUGUUCGUAUGUGGGUUACACCUCCUCUGUGUACUGCACAGCUUCUGUACUCACCCUGGCUGCCAUUGCCCUCGACCGCUACCACUCCAUCAUAGACUGCUUGCGCUACAGCUCCCGCUGGACCCUGUGGAGAAUUUGUGCUGUGGUCCUGUGGAUCUGGUUGCAGGCGCUGGCCACCAGUUGCCCCCCACUGCUGGGCUGGAGCUCAGUCAGCUAUGUGGACCCCAUGUACAGCUGUGCAGUGAACUGGGCCAGCAGUCCUAGUUACACCGCUUUCAUGGCUUUCCUCUCGUACGUCUUACCUGCAGUGGUCAUCCUCUUCUGCUACGUGAACAUUGUCAAGGUGGCCCGCAGCCACGCCAGGAGGAUCCACACUCUCGAGGACUCCGUGCAGCGCUGCAGGACUCUCCCAGACUAUGCUCCUGGGGAUUCUUCCAAUCAGCACAGCGGGUGCCACCACACCCCAUCGACACUGAUCUACCACAUAAGUGGACAGUUUGUGUCUCAAGUUGGUACAGGGGAAGAAGAUUAUAUCAACGAUGCUCUUCCUGAAGCUACCACAGAGCAGAGAAGGUCGGCGUCCAGGCGCUUUUUCUCCUUCCUGGCUCAAAGUGCCUCCCAAGUUCCUCUCCAGAACUCCCAGCAGCAUCACAGCCACCAUGGUGUGGUCCGGCUCUUCAUGGUCAUCGCAGCCUUCUUCCUCUGCUGGACCCCUUACAUAAGCGUGGCCCUUGUUCAGGCCACAGAAACUGCAAUUUCAGGCCAGUCCACCCUAGUCCCAAACUCUGCUGUUACUUUCUCCUACUGGCUGGUGCUGUUGAACUCUGAUAUCAAUCCUCUACUGUACGCACUGCUUAGCAAGCGUUUCCAAAACGCUCUUCAGGGACUCAGGCAAAAAAUAAGCAUUCGUCUGGGGAGCGUAGUGGGAAGGGGAAAUGAGCUCAGACCAGAGGGAGACGAUGGAAGGAGCAGCGAGCCCAGCACGCUGACCACAACCCAUCCCGGGCUGGCCUCCAGCUCUGAGAGCAACAGAUCAUUGUGUUCUCACUCCAUUUUCACAGUCAGCACCGACUUCAAACAUCAGUCUGAGAAACAUCUGUGCAGUGUGUGUCAUCCUCAAAAGAGGUCUACGUGGCAAGAUGCAUCAAGUGACAGGAGAGCAGACUGCCUGCAGGUCCCCUCCCGGCCACAAGAGGGCAGCAGACUACCUUUUUCUGCUGUGACCGAGGAGCGGCAGGCCACUUUUUUCUAUGGCCAGAUAACAGUGAGAGUUGAGCAUGAUAUUACUUAG